GGAGAUCUGCACUGGAAAUAAAUCAUCAGGGCUGUUUCUGUUUCUGGAAAAAGUGGUAGGAAUCCGUACAGGAGUCUCACCUCUGGCAGUGCAGGAUUAAGAACCUUGUUAUUCCUGCUCUCUCUAAAAUGGCCAGAUCUCCAGAAGCUUCUAGAAGAGAAGUAGGCGGCCUUUCCUGAGUAGUCCUGGCUCCCCAGCUUAGCCCCCACACCCUGGCUCCCUCUUCCCUUUCUAUCCCCUUGCUUCCCCUCUCCUUCCCCCAUGUAUCCAACUGAAGUGGCCAGAACUCCUCUCCCUCCUCUCCCCUCCUAGACACCUCUAUUUUCUCCUGUCCCAUGCCUGGAGAUACUUGAAUGCUCUUCAUCUAAGUAACUGGGGGAAAGAGUCUUUCUGACUUCACAAGUCCUUGAGCAAAACCUGAAUAAGGAGCAGGGAUUCGAGGAGAUCUAGUGAAGCAGUCCCAAAGAUCCAUCAUGGAAGAAGGCUUCAGAGACCGGGCAGCUUUCAUCCGUGGGGCCAAAGACAUUGCCAAGGAAGUCAAGAAGCAUGCGGCCAAGAAAGUGGUAAAGGGCCUGGACAGAGUCCAGGAUGAAUAUUCCCGCAGAUCCUACUCCCGCUUUGAGGAGGAGGAGGAUGAUGAUGACUUCCCUGCCCCUGCUGAUGGCUAUUACCAUGGGGAAGGGGCCCAGGACGAGGAAGAAGGUGGUGCAUCUAGCGAUGCCACUGAGGGCCACGAUGAGGAUGACGAGAUCUACGAGGGGGAGUAUCAGGGCAUCCCCCGGGCAGAGUCUGGGGGCAAAGGCGAGCAGAUGGCAGAUGGGGCCACCCUGGCUGGAGUGAGGGGAGGCUUGGGCGAUGGGGAGGGCCCCCCUGGCGGCCGGGGGGAGGCACAACGGCGGAAAGAACGGGAAGAACUGGCUCAGCAGUAUGAAGCCAUCCUCCGGGAAUGUGGCCACGGCCGCUUCCAGUGGACGCUCUAUUUCGUGCUUGGUCUGGCGCUGAUGGCUGAUGGCGUCGAGGUCUUUGUGGUGGGCUUUGUGCUGCCCAGUGCUGAGAAAGACAUGUGCCUGUCAGACUCCAACAAAGGCAUGCUGGGCCUCAUAGUCUACCUGGGCAUGAUGGUGGGUGCCUUCCUCUGGGGAGGUCUGGCUGACCGGCUGGGUCGGAGGCAGUGUCUGCUCAUCUCGCUCUCCGUCAACAGCGUCUUCGCCUUUUUCUCAUCUUUCGUCCAGGGCUAUGGCACUUUCCUCUUCUGCCGCCUCCUUUCCGGGGUUGGGAUCGGAGGGUCCAUCCCCAUUGUCUUCUCCUAUUUCUCUGAGUUUCUGGCUCAGGAGAAACGUGGGGAGCAUUUGAGCUGGCUCUGCAUGUUCUGGAUGAUUGGCGGAGUGUAUGCUGCGGCCAUGGCUUGGGCCAUUAUCCCGCACUACGGGUGGAGCUUUCAGAUGGGGUCUGCUUACCAGUUCCACAGCUGGAGGGUUUUCGUCCUCGUCUGUGCCUUCCCUUCUGUGUUUGCCAUCGGGGCUCUGACCACACAGCCUGAGAGCCCCCGCUUCUUCCUGGAGAAUGGGAAGCAUGAUGAGGCCUGGAUGGUGCUGAAGCAGGUUCAUGACACCAACAUGCGAGCCAAGGGGCAUCCUGAGCGAGUCUUCUCGGUAACCCACAUUAAGACGAUUCAUCAGGAGGAUGAGCUGAUUGAGAUCCAGUCAGAUACGGGGACUUGGUAUCAGCGCUGGGGGGUCCGGGCCUUGAGCCUGGGUGGCCAGGUUUGGGGAAAUUUCCUCUCAUGUUUUGGUCCAGAAUAUCGACGCAUCACUCUGAUGAUGAUGGGUGUGUGGUUCACCAUGUCCUUCAGCUACUAUGGCCUGACUGUCUGGUUUCCUGACAUGAUCCGCCAUCUCCAGGCGGUGGACUACGAAGCCCGAACCAAAUUAUUCUCUGGGGAGCGCGUAGAGCAUGUGACCUUUAAUUUCACCCUGGAAAAUCAGAUCCAUCGAGGGGGACAGUACUUCAAUGACAAGUUCAUUGGGCUACGUCUGAAGUCAGUGUCCUUUGAGGAUUCCCUAUUUGAGGAGUGUUAUUUUGAGGAUGUCACAUCGAGCAACACGUUUUUCCGCAACUGCACGUUCAUCAACACUGUGUUCUAUAACACUGAUCUGUUUGAGUACAAGUUUGUGAACAGCCGUCUGGUGAACAGCACGUUCCUGCACAACAAAGAGGGCUGCCCGUUAGAUGUGACGGGGACUGGGGAAGGCGCCUACAUGGUGUACUUUGUCAGUUUCUUGGGGACGCUGGCUGUACUUCCUGGGAAUAUUGUGUCUGCCCUGCUCAUGGACAAGAUUGGCAGGCUCCGCAUGCUUGCUGGCUCCAGCGUGAUGUCCUGUGUCUCCUGCUUCUUCCUGUCUUUUGGGAACAGCGAGUCAGCCAUGAUCGCUCUGCUCUGCCUUUUUGGGGGGGUCAGCAUUGCAUCCUGGAACGCGCUGGACGUGUUGACCGUUGAACUCUACCCCUCGGACAAGAGGACCACAGCCUUUGGCUUCCUGAAUGCCCUCUGUAAGCUGGCAGCUGUGCUGGGGAUCAGCAUCUUCACAUCCUUUGUGGGGAUCACCAAGGCUGCCCCCAUCCUGUUCGCCUCAGCUGCCCUUGCCCUUGGUAGUUCUCUGGCCCUGAAGUUGCCUGAGACCCGGGGGCAGGUGCUGCAGUGAGAGGGCCGCAGGGGUUCAGAGGAUGGCAGGCACACUGUGAGAGCAAUGGCUCCUCCUUCACCCUCCCUGCCCUGCCAUCCUGGGCCCGGGACCCUCGAUCCCCAUUCCCCUGUGUUCUGUGUCUAGGCUGUGUGUGUGCGCGCGUGUCUGCAUGUGUGUGACCCCAUAGGCAGGAGCUCCAGGGAAGGCUUCUUCAUCCUAGUUGUGGGAUGCAGUUCUACUCCCCAUCUCCUACCCCCACUGACUUUGCACAAGAGAAAGCUUGGCCUUACCCUUCUUCCCAGUGUUAGCUAGGGGCCUAGCUCCUCCUGGCUCUAGGAGCUCCAAAACAGGCCUCCUGCCCUUCCCCUCAUCCCUCUGCCUAGGCCCUUGUGAAACCGCAGGCAUGUGGUUAUGCUGGGGGCUGGGGCUCGGUGGCGUCUAGGGACCAAAAGAACUUCUUAGAGUUGGAAGGGCCUUAGGUGCCCUCUCACAUCUGUUGGAUGCAGGGGGAGUAGCAAUAAACCUCAGCCCCCUGGCCUCCACUCUCCCCUCAAUCUGGGCUAUAGGUAAGAAGCCUGAAUUUUAUGAAAUUAGUUUUCUAAUUCUUAUUUAUUUAUAUAUUAAGUUCUGAGGCAGCUCUGCAGGACUGUGUGUGUGGAUGCAUGUGUAACACUUAUGUGUGUGUAUGUGCCAUGGGGUGGGGUGUCACUAUGCUGUCCUCAGAUACCAGCCACAGGUCAUCUCAGUCGACACACACACUGCCCUGCCUCCCAUAGCCCCUCCCUUGAUCUUGUUUCUGUGCCAGGCCUGGGAGGGAGGAGCCCUAGGCCAGGUGAGGAUGAGUCCCACAGUCUAGACAGACCUGACCACACAUGACAAGGUCCAUCUCCUCUCCUCCUCUCAAGAAGCACAGGCCUCUGGAGUGAGAGGCUCCACCCACUAUAGCACAGACAGGGACAGCACAGCUGCCCUCCCACCCUUGGUCUGUACCCCCACAGGCAGAGCAGCAGGGGAGGGAGAGAAAUCAGGCCUACCCCCACAGGCAGAGCAGCAGGGGAGGGAGAGAAAUCAGGCCUAAGGUCAAACCAGCAGAUUAAAAAGCACAAGGGGCAGAAUGUAGGGGCCCUCCCAGCAACUCCUCUGAAGUGGGAAGAGGUUGGGCAAUAAGCCAGGGACCCCUCAUGCGGGAUCAGAAGCCUCAGUUUCCCCAUCUCACCCUUCUACGUGAGAGGCCCCUGUAGUUAAGCUGCCCUUGCCUCACCCCACUGUGUGGCUGCUUUCUUUGGUGCCCUCCUGCUCCCCACCCCACCCCCCCACCGUAGCUGUGAUAUGUUGUAGUUUUUAGCUGUUUGUAAAAUGUUAAAAAAAAAAAAUGAAAAAAAAAGUGAAAACAACAAUAAAAAAAGAAAAUCCAAA